AUGUCUGCUCAAGAUUACUACGGCGGCGGCGGUGGUGGAGGUUACCCUCAGCAUCCCCAGCCUGUCAAUACGGCCCUCCCCAAGGCCAGUAUGGCCCUCCCCAGGGACAGUAUGGUCCCCCUCAAGGGCAAUAUUACGGUCCACCCCAAGGCCAACCUCCCAUGCAAUAUCAACAAGCACCCCCUCAACAAAGUGGUGGCAAGCGCGGCGGCGGCGGCUGCUUGA